UUUGGUAUGAGCAGCUUUAUACUUCAACACAGUUUGAACUCUUUUUGGCAGCUUUUUUGUCAUUUCUUUAAGUAGUCUUCAGGAAUAGUUCCCCAGGCUUCUUGAAGGAUAUUCAAAGCUCUUCUUUGGAUGUUGGCUGACGUUUAUUCCGUUCACUGUCAAGAUGUUCCCACACUGUUUCAAAAAUGUUCAGGUCCAGGCUCUGGGGAGGCCAAUCCAUGAUUUCCACUGUGUGUUUGGGAUCAUUGUUCAUACCAUUUUUCAGCAUGAUACUUUUUUGCAUUCAAUCACUAAACCUCACAAAUUUCAAAUUUGGAUUUAUCACUCCAUAAGACCCGUUGUCACUGAUUUUCAGUGAUUUACAGUUCUUGAAUAAUUUUGCAUACCCUAGCCUUUUCUCACUGUUUCCCUUCCUUUAAGACUGGUCUCAGUUGAAGGAGACCAUUUCUGAUGAGGCUUUAGUAAACAGUGGCUGGAUCAACUACAGGUUCAGAUGCAUCUCUAAGGUCCUGUGUCAGUGCUUUGCUGGAUUUCUUUCCUUAUAUUGUUUUUCUAGGUGUGCCACUUCUUUUGUCCUCCAUUUUUCUAGAUUCCUCAAUUUUUUAAGGACACACUGCACACAGUGACAAGAUAUGCCAAGUUUCCAGCUAAUAGCUCUUUGGAAAAACUGUGUUACCUUUGAUAUCCUUCACAGAUUCUACUAAAGAAAUGGGAACAAAUUGCGUUUCUAUGACAGGCUGCAAGUAACAAAGUGUCUAAAGAUACAAUUUAAAAUUGGUUCUAAGUUGUUGGGCUAAAGGAGUGAGCCAGACAACAAAGAGUGCCACUAGGUGCCAGUUUUUAUGCUCGAAUGACUCAUGGGUCAGUGUUAAGUGGCUUAAUAAAAAAAAUCCCCAAACAUUAAUCUGAAAAUAGUCAGGUACAAAAACUGAUGAGUGAAAAAUGAGUGGAAAACAUUUAUAAAUACUUGAAAAAGAUCGAAGAACUAUUACUCAAGACCAGUGGACAAUAUAAGAAAUGAAUUUAGACGUGUUUUAUAAUAAUUUUGUUGUUUGAAUUCAUUAAAGUCACACUGCAGAAAAACAAAGCCCCCGUAUUUAUUUGUGUUUGGAUGUUCUGAGCAGACAGCUGGGACUUCCACUCAGCCUGACCCCUAGUGGUUGAACUAUUUCUCAAGACCACUUUUAAAAAAUAAGAAAUAAAGUCUGUCUCCUUAUAAGCAAAAUAUACAGAAAUGAGGUUUGACUCAAUACUUUUGCACAAUACUAUACCAAGCAAUCACAAGAAAAAAAACAGCAGCUGCACAGCUGGUGAUUGAAUUGGUCUCAUAUUCAAUUCUUAAUUGAAUUUAUCACUUGAAUAAUCAGUCCUGUAAAUACCUCCUGUGAUUGUCUGCUUGUUCUGACCUCUCAUCCACAGUUUAUCAGCCUGGCAGGCCAACAUGACAGACUUUGGCUACACGCUACCAUGUUCUGCUCUACACUCUACAGUUUCCUGUACACAAAAAGGGUUUUUAAACUAUGUGUACACAGCAUUUAAUUCAGUUAUGGCUCCCUGACAACUGUAUGACCCCCCCUCGUUAUUGCUGGAACCAGAAACUGACAUCGUGAUGGUCCUUGUCAGAUUAGGCCAAUCAAUGACACUGACCAGAGGACAGCGGAAAAAGAGAAAGAGGAAGAGGAGGAGUAGAAGGAGAAGGAGAACUGAGGGAUGCAUGUGGAUGUGUGUUUGUUGAGGGAGGGGGGCAGCUCCUCCCAUAAUUAAGUUAGUGUGCUGCGCUGGAGGUCCAUGUUUACGGGGCAGGCGAAGGAGUUUCCUUCACUCUGUGGACAGCUCUGUGGAGACGGCAGGAGAAGCUCUCUCACUCUCUUCUGUCUCUGAUUAUUUCUGCAACUCAUCCUUCACUGCGCUGCGACUGGCUGACCUACACGAGGACAAGGCGGGGGGUGAAGAAGCAGCAGCAACACCUGCCUAACCCUUCACUGCUGCCGCCAUCCCUCCGUCCGUCCCCGCUUCCUGCCCAGUCUGGGACCUAGCCUCCACCGAUCUCUCCGCCACCCCCGCUGCCAUCAUGUGCGACUGUUUCCACCUGGCCUUUCCCAACUGGCACGCUGCCUCCUCUGGGACGAGACCUGGACGAAGGCUGCAAGGCCCAGAGCCUGCCACAGAGGACUCAAUAUGUGAUGAGCCAUCUCAGUUUGCAGAGAGUGAGAGACCACGCCCACAAGGGUCAUCUCCAGUUGAGGAGUUUCCUGAGACUGAAAAAUACAGUGACAGUGAUAAAGAGUGUGAAGCAGAGCAUGACCCACACCACAAAGGUAGGACUGGAAAGAAAACUAAAAAGUCUGGGCUCGGGUCCAUGUUUGAAAAGCGCUCUACUCCAAAGAUGAGUAAACUCAAGGAAGCUGAGAGCCCUGAAUCAGAAGUGAUAGUGAAAACGGCCAAAGAUGGAUGUGCAGAGGGUCUCAUUUAUGGUGGAGGGGGAAAAGAAGGGAUUUUCAUUAAGGAAGUAGUGCCAGAGUCACCAGCCUCAAAAAAUCUAAAACUGAAAGAAGGUGAUCAGGUUUUGAGUGCCACUGUGUAUUUUGACAACAUGUCAUAUGAAGAUGCCAUUCAGAUUCUGGAGCAUGCUCAGGCAUACAAGCUGAAGCUUUGCUUGAAACGCAAGCCAGAGAUCACAGAGACCGAACCAGCCAUCGAAUCUGACGUCAUACCUGAAGAAGACCUCCACACUCCACAGAUGAGAGAACAAGGAAAAACUAAAAGACGUGGAGAAGCUCGCAUUUCGUGGCCCAAGUUUUCAUCCUUUGGAAAAGGGCGAAAAUCACGUUUUACAAGGUCUCACAGUUCCUCAGAGGCUGAGGAGCAAAGAAAGCUUGAACUCAGCCCAACAACAAGCGACACAGAGUCACCGGUAAAAACUCAGGAUGCUCUCAAAUACAAGAAAAAGCAUAAAAUAAAACUACCUGGUCUGACAAAGAGAGGCCGCAUAAGUUCAUCUGAGGAGCAGGACACAGAUGUGCAAACUGGACAGAUCAGUGGUGACACUCACCACACACAAGAAUCAGAUAUGCUUUCACCUGAGUGCCUUGAAAGCCCCUCAGGAGAAAUGCCUGAAGCCUAUGUGAAAAAAGAUCUGAAAGUAAUGAAAGAUGUGCAACUUGAAGAAACCAAUCUAAUGGUCCGUGAAGCUCAACCUAUUCAACAUAAGGUGGAACUUAUCAGUAUCGAUAGCACUUUGAAAACAGCAGAUUUAACUGCGGCUCUAGCAGAUCAAGAAAGCCCCUCUCAUAUCAAGUCCCCUGAGGGGAAAAAAAAGAAGAAAGAAAGGUCUGAAUUAAAAAUGAAAAUUCUGGGGAAGGACAAAUCACACAAGAAAGAAGCAAAAGCAAAAUCGUCACCAAAAAGGCUAAAAACACUAGGGGCAAGUUUUGACUUAGCUGAUCAUCCUGAAACUGAAAAAUCAGAUUUAAUCCCAAACUUUGAGUCACACACAACACACACGGAAGAUCCUGCUCUUUAUGCUAAGGUGGAACAUGAUUUAUCUGAUGUUGCAGUUUCACAAAAAUAUCCACAGAAAAGUGAAGCAAAAAGGCAGAAAGGCAAAGAAAUCCAAGAAAAACAAGAAGACAGAAGAACAGGGGAAACUGUCAAACUGCCGAAACUCAGUUUGGGUGACGUUGGUGCUGAGGAAAUCACAGAUGAUCCUUAUGAGAGACUGGCAAAAAGCAGUGAUUUCAGAACCCAACUUCCCAAACGGGAAGAGAUUGAGAUACCAGGUAUGGAGGAUAAGUCUGUGAAGACGAGAGCAAAAAGAAUUAAAGAACCUAAGGUAAAUUAUACAGGACAGAAUGGAGAAUUUCAAGCAGAAACUGUGCAACUGUCAAUUGAUGUUGACAGUGUGAAAGAGGCAGUUUCUAAAUUGCCUGGAUAUAAGUUGCCUAAAGUUGAUACAUCUGGCAUGCCUAUUCCAGAAGAAAUUACUGUGAUAGAUGCAAAUGCUCAAAGAAUAUCAGUGAAAACGCCUACAAAAGUGGUAGACACCAAAACAAAGCAUGGAGCAAGUCUUACAAAGUUUGACACAACUUCUUCUUUAGAAAUUUCCAAGACUACAGUUAAGCUGCCACAGAUCACAACCGGUCAAUUAACCUCAGAGGAUCUUUUAACUGAAACAAAAGUAAAAAGUGAAAAGGAACAUGAAACUAAGAAAAAACAAAGCAGCAAAGAGAUUAAAAGUGGGACCUAUAAAAGAGAAGAUAUUAUAAUACCGGGAAAGGAAAGUUUAGAGAAAGUAUCUAGUCUUCAGGCACAUGAGGCUGAUGAAACACGAGGAACAGAGGGUAUCAAAUCUGAAUAUGAAUCAGAUAAGAAAUCAAAGAAGGCAAAGAUGACAAUGCCUAGCUUUGGGAUAGCAAAGCCAGACAUAAGAAUCCCUGAUAUUGGAAUCGUCUUGCCAAAACAAAAUAUCUUUCAGCAAAAAGGGGACACAGCAAAAGGAGAAAAAACCGAAUUCCUCCAAGAAGUAACGACAUCAAAAGAUGAAAUUAAAAAAGACAAGGGGCAGACUGAAGGAGUCGUAUGUGAGGUUGUGAUUCCUGAACUCGAUAGCAUUGAAUACAUUGACUCAGUAGAUGGUUCACCAGCCAAAAAGGACAAUGGCAUUAGGCUUACAGGUUUUGAUGUAAAUCUUGAGUCACAACCAAAUGUGGAUAUUUCCCUUAAAGAAAUUAGAAAAGAAGGAAAAAGUGCAGAAACUGAAGAGCAUGCAGUUAAAUUGCCUCAAUUUGGAGCUACUACUACAUACACCAGUGUAAAUGUGCCCGAUGGAGAUAAGCAUAUAAACCCUGAUGAAGCUGAGACAAAAACUCUUGAAAGAGAGGGAAAGGGUAGCAAGUUUAAAGUGCCAAAUGUUGGUAUCUCCAUGCCAAGGGUGAAAGGAAUAAAAACGGAUUCAAGCCUAUCAAAGAAAGGUGUAGCUGUGACACCACCGCCUGAGACCGAUGUUACACUUGGAAGUGUAGAUGUUUGUACUGCAGAACAAAUAAUGGAGGCAGAAAAAUAUGACCAGGAAAUAAAACAUCCUCAGGCAGAAGGUGAAUUUGAUAGGCAAGGAGGCAAGUUCAAGAUGCCAAAGUUAGGAAUUGCAAUGCCGAAAAUAAAAGGGUCUGAAUUUGACUUCAGUGUAUCACAGAAAAAUGAAGAUAUGAAACUGUCAGAAACGAAACGGAAGGUGAAACCCUCUGAUGCUGAACUAAAGGAAACCUCUGAUGCCGAAAUUAGAGCUCCUGAAAUGAAAGUUGUAGAAAAGUAUGUAGACGAAUCACCAUCAAAAUUUAAGAUGCCAAUGUUCAAGCUACCUAAAUUUGGAUCUCCUAUGGCAAACACCAGUCAUGAAGUACAUGAUAAAUCAAAAGACAUUGAAAUUUGUGAAACACAGCUGAAAUCAACAGAAGGUGUCAAUGUUAACAUUCCAACACCAAACACUGAUAUUGUGGGAUCAUCUAUUGAUGUGAAAACAGUUGAUAUCAAACCACAGACUGAAAUUAAAACUAAAAUCGAUGUAAGUCUUGGGAGUGCAGAAGCUUUCUUUCCCCAGGAAAAGAAUGGAGAUGAAAUCGAAGUACAUGAAAGCAAGUUCAAAUUGCCAAAAUUUGGAAUAACAAUGCCAAAAGUAAAAGGACCAGAAGUUGAUUUUAACUUAUUGAAGAGAGAUGUAGAUGAAACACUUGAAGAAGCCAAAACUGAUGCUGAACGUAAAAAACCCUCUGCUCAAAUGGAAACAGAAGAUCCUGAUAUUAAAGAUCUGACAAAGGAUAAUGAGAACUCAAAAUUUAAGAUGCCUACAUUCAAAUUACCAAAAUUUGGAGUUGGUAUCCCAAGUGCCACAGGAGAAGUACCUGAUUUGGACACAGGUAUCAAAAUAGAAGGUGCUGAAGAGGUUCUUGAAGUUAACAUAGCAGCACCCAGCACUGAAUUAAAAGAACAUGAAGGCAAAGGAAGUAAGUUUAAACUGCCAAGUCUUGGAUUUUCUGUCCCUCAAACAAAAGGACCUGACAUUGAUUUAAAUUCCUCAAAGAAAAGCAUAGAUAUUACUCUUCCAGAAGCUGAAGUCAAACUCCCUGAUGUUGAAGUUGAAAAAACUUCUGCUGAGGUCGAAAUGAAAAUUGAGACAAAGGAAAAAAAAGAAUCACCAUCAGAGGAUAAGAUGCCAACAUUCCACUUACCAAAAUUUGGCAUUGGUAUCCCAAGUGGCACAGCAAAAGUACCGGAUAUGGACAAAGGUAUCAAAAUAGAUGGUGCUGAUAUUAGUAUCCCUGAAGAGGUUCUUGAAGUCAACAUAGCAGCACCCAGCGUGGAAUUGAAAGAGCCUUCAAUCUCCUUGAAAACCAGUGGAUAUGAACAUGAAGGAAAAGAGAGUAAGUUCAAACUGCCAAGUCUUGGAUUGUCUGUCCCUCAAGCCAAGGGACCUGACAUUGAUUUAAGCUUAUCGAAGAAAGAUGUAGAUGUUACACUUCCAGAAGCCAAAGCUGAAGUCACACUCCAUGAUACUGAAGUGGAAACUGAAGCUUCUGAGAUCAAAGUUGAGACAAAGGACAAAAAAGGAUCAUCAUCAAAAUUUAAGAUGCCAACAUUUAAAUUACCCAAAUUUGGUGCCCGUAGUACAAAUGCAAAAGCAGAGGUACCGGAUAUGGAGAAAGAUGUUAAAGUAGAUGGAGCUGACAUUUGUAUCCCUGAAGAGGUUCUUGAAGGUAACAUUGCAGCACCCAGCACUAAAUUAAAAGAACCUUUAAUCUUGAUGACAACUACAGGAACAGAACGUGAAGGCAGAGGAAGUAAGUUCAAACUGCCAAGUCUUGGAUUGUCUGUCCCUCAACCCAAAGGACCUGACAUUGAUUUAAGCUUAUCGAAGAAAGAUGUAGAUGUUACACUUCCAGAAGCCAAAGCUGAAGUCAAACUCCCUGAUGUUGAAGUUGAAAAACCUUCUGUUGAAGUGGAAAUUGCAGCUCCUGAGAUCAAAAUUGAGACAAAGGAAAAGAAAGGAUCACCAUCAAAGUUUAAGAUGCCAACAUUCCAAUUGCCAAAAUUAGGAGUUGAUAUCCCAAGUGCAACAGCAGAGGUACCGGAUAUGGAGAAAGGUAUCAAAAUAGAAGGUGCUGAUAUUAGUAUCCCUGAAGAGGUUCUUGAAGUUAACAUUGCAGCACCCAGCACUGAAUUGAAAGAACCUCUAAUCUCCUUGAAAACAAGUGGAUCUGAACAUGAAGGAAAAGGAGGUAAGUUCAAAUUGCCAAGUCUUGGAUUUUCUGUCCCUCAAGCCAAAGGGCCUGACAUUGAUUUAAGCUUAUCAAAGAAAGACGUACAUAUUACACUUCCAGAAGCUAAAGCUGAAGUCACACUCCAUGAUGUUGAAGUAGAGAAACCUUCUGUUGAAAUUGAAAUUGCAGCUCCUGAGUUCAAAGUUGAGACAAAAGACAAAAAAGGAUCACCAUCAAAGUUUAAGAUGCCUCCAUUCCAAUUACCCAAAUUUGGCAUUGGUAUCCCAAGUGCAACAGCAGAGGUACCAGAUAUGGACAAAGGUAUCAAAAUAGAAGGUGCUUAUAUUGAGAUUCCUGAAGAGGUUCUUGAAGUUAACAUUGCAGCACCCAGCACUGAAUUGAAAGAACCUUCAAUCUCCUUGAAAACCAGUGGAUAUGAACAUGAAGGAAAAGGAAGUAAGUUUAAACUGCCAAGUCUUGGAUUGUCUGUCCUUCAAACAAAAGAACCUGACAUUGAUUUAAGCUUAUCGAAGAAAGAUGUAGAUGUUACACUUCCAGAAGCUAAAGCUGAAGUCACACUCCAUGAUGUUGAAGUAGAGAAACCUUCUGUUGAAGUGGAAAUUGAAGCUCCUGAGUUCAAAGUUGAGACAAAAGACAAAAAAGGAUCACCAUCAAAAUUUAAGAUGCCUACAUUCAAAUUACCCAAAUUUGGCAUUGGUAUCCCAAGUGCCACAGCAAAAGUACCUGAUUUGGACACAGGUAUCAAAAUAGAAGGUGCUGAUGUUAGUAUACCUGAAGAGGUUCUUGAAGUUAACAUAGCAGCACCCAGCACUGAAUUAAAAGAACCUUCACUCACCCUGAAAACUACAGGAGCUGAACAUGAAGGCAAAAGAAGUAAGUUCAAGCUGCCAAGUCUUGGAUUGUCUGUCCCUCAAGCCAAAGGACCAGAUAUCGAUUUAAGUUUAUCCAAGAAAGAUGUAGAUGUUACACUUCCAGAAGGCAAAGCUGAAGUCAAACUCCCUGUUGUUGAAAUUGAAAAACCUUCUGUUGAAGUGGAAAUUGAAGCUCCUGAGAUAAAGAUUGAAACAAAGGGAAAGAAAGGAUCACCAUCAAAGUUUAAGAUGCCAACAUUCCAAUUGCCAAAAUUUGGAGUUGGUAUCCCAAGUGCAAAAGCAGAGGUACCGGAUGCUGACAAAGGUAUCAACAUAGAUGGUGCUAAUAUUGAGAUCCCAGAAGAGGUACUUGAAGUUAACAUUGCAGCACCCAGCACUGAAUUAAAAGAACCUUCAAUCUCCUUGAAAACCAGUGGAUCUGAACAUGAAGUAAAAGGAAGUAAGUUCAAACUGCCAAGUCUUGGAUUGUCUGUCCCAAAAACAAAAGGGCCUGACAUUGAUUUAAGCUUAUCAAAGAAAGAUGUAGAUGUUACACUUCCAGAAGCUAGAGCUGAAGUCACACUCCAUGAUGUUGAAGUAGAGAAACCUUCUGUUGAAGUGGAAAUUGAAGCUCCUGAGUUCAAAGUUGAGACAAAAGACAAAAAAGGAUCACCAUCAAAAUUUAAGAUGCCUACAUUCAAAUUACCCAAAUUUGGCAUUGGUAUCCCAAGUGCCACAGCAAAAGUACCUGAUUUGGACACAGAUGUUAAAGUAGAUGGUGCUGAUGUUAGCAUCCCUGAAGAGGUUCUUGAAGUUAACAUAGCAGCACCCAGCUCUGAAUUAAAAGAACCUUCACUCACCCUGAAAACUACAGGAGCUGAACAUGAAGGCAAAGGAAGUAAGUUCAAGCUGCCAAGUCUUGGAUUGUCUGUCCCUCAAGCCAAAGGACCAGAUAUCGAUUUAAGUUUAUCAAAGAAAGAUGUAGAUGUUACUCUUCCAGAAGGCAAAGCUGAAGUCAAACUCCCUGAUGUCGAAAUUGAAAAACCUUCUGUUGAAGUGGAAAUUGAAGCUCCUGAGAUAAAGAUUGAAACAAAGGGAAAGAAAGGAUCACCAUCAAAGUUUAAGAUGCCAACAUUCCAAUUGCCAAAAUUUGGAGUGGGUGUCACAAGUGCCACAGCAGAAGUACCGGAUAUGGACAAAGGCAUAAGAAUAGAUGGUGCUGAUAUUGAGAUUCCUGAAGAGGUUCUUGAAGUUGGUGUUGCAGCACCCAGCACUGAAUUAAAAGAACCUUCAAUCUCCUUGAAAACCAGUGGAUCUGAACAUGAAGGAAAAGGAAGUAAGUUCAAACUGCCAAGUCUUGGAUUGUCUGUCCCAAAAACAAAAGGGCCUGACAUUGAUUUAAGCUUAUCAAAGAAAGAUGUAGAUGUUACACUUCCAGAAGCUAAAGCUGAAGUCACACUCCAUGAUGCUGAAGUAGAGAAACCUUCUGUUGAAGUGGAAAUUGAAGCUCCUGAGUUCAAAGUUGAGACAAAAGACAAAAAAGGAUCACCAUCAAAAUUUAAGAUGCCUCCAUUCAAAUUGCCCAAAUUUGGCAUUGGUAUCCCAAGUGCCACAGCAAAAGUACCUGAUUUGGACACAGGUAUCAAAAUAGAAGGUGCUGAUGUUAGUAUACCUGAAGAGGUUCUUGAAGUUAACAUAGCAGCACCCAGCACUGAAUUAAAAGAACCUUCACUCACCCUGAAAACUACAGGAGCUGAACAUGAAGGCAAAGGAAGUAAGUUCAAACUGUCAAGUCUUGGAUUGUCUGUCCCUCAAGCCAAAGGACCAGAUAUCGAUUUAAGUUUAUCAAAGAAAGAUGUAGAUGUUACAUUUCCAGAAGCUAAAGCUGAAGUCACACUCCCUGAUGUUGAAGUACAGAAACCUUCUGUUGAAAUUGAAAUUGAAGCUCCUGAGAUAAAGAUUGAAACAAAGGGAAAGAAAGGAUCACCAUCAAAGUUUAAGAUGCCAACAUUCCAAUUGCCAAAAUUUGGAGUGGGUGUCACAAGUGCAACAGCAGAAGUACCGGAUAUGGACAAAGGCAUAAGAAUAGAUGGUGCUGAUAUUGAGAUUCCUGAAGAGGUUCUUGAAGUUGGUGUUGCAGCACCCAGCACUGAAUUAAAAGAACCUUCAAUCUCCUUGAAAACCAGUGGAUCUGAACAUGAAGGAAAAGGAAGUAAGUUUAAACUGCCAAGUCUUGGAUUGUCUGUCCCAAAAACAAAAGGGCCUGACAUUGAUUUAAGCUUAUCAAAGAAAGAUGUAGAUGUUACACUUCCAGAAGCUAAAGCUGAAGUCACACUCCCUGAUGUUGAAGUAGAGAAACCUUCUGUUGAAAUUGAAAUUGAAGCUCCUGAGUUCAAAGUUGAGACAAAAGACAAAAAAGGAUCACCAUCAAAAUUUAAGAUGCCUACAUUCAAAUUACCCAAAUUUGGCAUUGGUAUCCCAAGUGUCACAGCAAAAGUACCUGAUUUGGACACAGGUAUCAAAAUAGAAGGUGCUGAUGUUAGUAUACCUGAAGAGGUUCUUGAAGUUAACAUAGCAGCACCCAGCACUGAAUUAAAAGAACCUUCACUCACCCUGAAAACUACAGGAGCUGAACAUGAAGGCAAAGGAAGUAAGUUCAAACUGCCAAGUCUUGGAUUGUCUGUCCCUCAAGCCAAAGGACCUGACAUUGAUUUAAGUUUAUCAAAGAAAGAUGUAGAUGUUACACUUCCAGAAGGCAAAGCUGAAGUCACACUCCCUGAUGUUGAAGUACAGAAACCUUCUGUUGAAGUGGAAAUUGAAGCUCCUGAGAUAAAGAUUGAAACAAAGGGAAAGAAAGGAUCACCAUCAAAGUUUAAGAUGCCAACAUUCCAAUUGCCAAAAUUUGGAGUUGGUAUCCCAAGUGCCACAGCAGAGGUACCUGAUAUGGACAAAGGUAUGAAAAUAGAUGGUGUUGAUAUUGAGAUUCCUGAAGUUGGCGUUGCAGCACCCAGCACUGAAUUAAGAGAACCUUCAAUCUCCUUGAAAACCAGUGGAUCUGAACAUGAAGUAAAAGGAAUUAAGUUCAAACUGCCAAGUCUUGGAUUGUCUGUCCCUCAAACCAAAGGGCCUGACAUUGAUUUAAGCUUAUCGAAGAAAGAUGUAGAUGUUACACUUCCAGAAGGCAAAGCUGAAGUCAAACUCCCUGAUGCUGAAGUAGAGAAACCUUCUGUUGAAGUAGAAAUUGAAGCUCCUGAGUUCAAAGUUGAGACAAAAGACAAAAAGGGAUCACCAUCAAAAUUUAAGAUGCCUACAUUCAAAUUACCCAAAUUUGGCAUUGGUAUCCCAAGUGUCACAGCAAAAGUACCUGAUUUGGACACAGAGGUUAAAGUAGAUGGUGCUGAUGUUGGUAUACCUGAAGAGGUUCUUGAAGUUAACAUAGCAACACCCAGCACUGAAUUAAAAGAACCUUCACUCACCCUGAAAACUACAGGAGCUGAACAUGAAGGCAAAGGAAGUAAGUUCAAGCUGCCAAGUCUUGGAUUGUCUGUCCCUCAAGCCAAAGGACCAGAUAUCGAUUUAAGUUUAUCAAAGAAAGAUGUAGAUGUUACACUUCCAGAAGGCAAAGCUGAAGUCAAACUCCCUGUUGUUGAAAUUGAAAAACCUUCUGUUGAAGUGGAAAUUGAAGCUCCUGAGAUAAAGAUUGAAACACAGGGAAAGAAAGGAUCACCAUCAAAGUUUAAGAUGCCAACAUUCCAAUUGCCAAAAUUUGGAGUGGGUGUCACAAGUGCAACAGCAGAGGUACCAGAUAUGAAGAAAGGUAUGAAAAUAGAUGGUGUUGACAUUGAGAUUCCUGAAGAGGUUCUUGAAGUUAACAUUGCAGCACCCAGCACUGAAUUAAAAGAACCUUCAAUCUCCUUGAAAACCAGUGGAUCUGAACAUGAAGGAAAAGGAAGUAAGUUUAAACUGCCAAGUCUUGGAUUGUCUGUCCCAAAAACAAAAGGGCCUGACAUUGAUUUAAGCUUAUCAAAGAAAGACGUAGAUGUUACACUUCCAGAAGCUAAAGCUGAAGUCACACUCCCUGAUGUUGAAGUACAGAAACCUUCUGUUGAAAUUGAAAUGGAAGCUCCUGAGUUCAAAGUUGAGACAAAAGACAAAAAAGGAUCACCAUCAAAAUUUAAGAUGCCUACAUUCAAAUUACCCAAAUUUGGCAUUGGUAUCCCAAGUGCCACAGCAAAAGUACCUGAUUUGGACACAGAUGUUAAAAUAGAUGGUGCUGAUGUUAGUAUCCCUGAAGAGGUUCUUGAAAUUGGCGUUGCAGCACCCAGCACUGAAUUAAAAGAACCUUCAAUCUCCUUGAAAACCAGUGGAUCUGAACAUGAAGGAAAAGGAAGUAAGUUCAAGCUGCCAAGUCUUGGAUUGUCUGUCCCUCAAGCCAAAGGACCAGAUAUCGAUUUAAGUUUAUCCAAGAAAGAUGUAGAUGUUACACUUCCAGAAGCCAAAGCUGAAGUCAAACUCCCUGAUGUUGAAAUUGAAAAACCUUCUGUUGAAGUGGAAAUUGAAGCUCCUGAGAUAAAGAUUGAAACAAAGGGAAAGAAAGGAUCACCAUCAAAGUUUAAGAUGCCAACAUUCCAAUUGCCAAAAUUUGGAGUGGGUGUCACAAGUUCAACAGCAGGUAUGAAAAUAGAUGGUGCUGAUAUUGAGAUUCCUGAAGAGGUUCUUGAAGUUGGUGUUGCAGCACCCAGCACUGAAUUAAAAGAACCUUCAAUCUCCUUGAAAACCAGUGGAUCUGAACAUGACGGAAAAGGAAGUAAGUUUAAACUGCCAAGUCUUGGAUUGUCUGUCCCAAAAACAAAAGGGCCUGAGAUUGAUUUAAGCUUAUCGAAGAAAGACAUAGAUGUUACACUUCCAGAAGGCAAAGCUGAAGUCACACUCCCUGAUGCUGAAGUAGAGAAACCUUCUGUUGAAGUGGAAAUUGAAGCUCCUGAGUUCAAAGUUGAGACAAAAGACAAAAAAGGAUCACCAUCAAAAUUUAAGAUGCCUACAUUCAAAUUACCCAAAUUUGGCAUUGGUAUCCCAAGUGCCACAGCAAAAGUACCUGAUUUGGACACAGAUGUUAAAGUAGAUGGUGCUGAUAUUAGUAUACCUGAAGAUGCUCUUGAAGUUAACAUAGUAGCACCCAGCACUGAAUUAAGAGAACCUUCACUCACCUUGAAAACUACAGGAGCUGAACAUGAAGGCAAGGGAAGUAAGUUCAAAUUGCCAAGUCUUGGAUUGUCUGUCCCUCAAGCCAAAGGACCUGACAUUGAUUUAAGUUUAUCAAAGAAAGAUGUAGAUGUUACACUUCCAGAAGCCAAAGCUGAAGUCAAACUCCCUGAUGUUGAAGUACAAAAACCUUCUGUUGAAGUUGGAAUUGAAGCUCCUGAGAUAAAGAUUGAAACAAAGGGAAAGAAAGGAUCACCAUCAAAGUUUAAGAUGCCAACAUUCCAACUGCCAAAAUUUGGAGUUGGUGUCACAAGUUCAACAGCAGGUAUGAAAAUAGAUGGUGCUGAUAUUGAGAUUACUGAAGAGGUUCUUGAAGUUGGCGUUGCAGCACCCAGCAUUGAAUUAAAAGAACCUUCAAUCUCCUUGAAAACCAGUGGAUCUGAACAUGAAGUAAAAGGAAGUAAGUUCAAACUGCCAAGUCUUGGAUUGUCUGUCCCUCAAACAAAAGGGCCUGACAUUGAUUUAAGCUUAUCGAAGAAAGAUGUAGAUGUUACACUUCCAGAAGGCAAAGCUGACAAAGCUGGUAAGGCCCCUGAGGAAGAUAUCAACAUUGAUGUUCCCAGAGUUGAUGUCAUACUACCAGAAGUCAAAACAGAUGUACAUCUUCCAGAUACCGACCUUAAAGGAUCCUCACACAUUACCAUAGAGGGGGGAACCGAUACAAACCUUGAGGCUAAAUUGAAAAAGCCAAGAUUUUCAUUGCCAAAAUUUUCAUUUUCCAAGCAAAGUGUAAAAGACCCUGAAGUUGAUAUCAGUCUCCCAAAAACUGAUGUUAUUCUUCUGCAAGGUGAUAUAGUCAAACAACCUGACAAUGAGUUCAGUAUGGGAGUAAGUGAUGUGAAUAAAGGCAUUAAAAUUGAUGCAGCACCUGGCAUUGACUCUAAAGGUGUAGCUGUAGAUGUGAAAGCUAAGGGAGGUGAGGUAUCUGGAAGCAAGUUUAAAAUGCCAAAUCUGGCCAUCUCAAUGGGCAAAGUUAAAAGUCCUGAAACAGAUUUAAGUUUAUCAAAAAAAGAUGUUGAUAUUUCCUUACCAGAAGUAACAGCUGACAUCAAACUACUCCAUAUUGAAGGCAAAGAAACUGAGGGUUCUAUUUCAUUACCAGAAGCACCUACAAUUGAGGCUGAAGUCAAGUCAAAACGACCAAGUUGGACAUUUCCAAAAUUUUCCUUUUCAAGGACAGCCGAUAAGGCCCCAUCUAUUGAUGUCAAAAUUGAAACACCCAAAGCUGAGAUUAUAUCAAGCAAAACAGAAGUCUGUCUAGUAGAAGCUGAAAUCAAAGGACCUUCAAUGGAAGAACCACCUGCUGAAGAAACUGAAACAAACUUGAAAAAAACUAAAUUUUCACUCCCCAGAUUUUCUUUUUCAAAGUCAAGUAUUAAAGAAUCGGAGUUAAGUGAUGAACUUCCACAAGCUGAUGUUUCUGUUUCAGAGGGAGAAAUAAAAGUUAAACAACCUGAAAUGGAAAUUAAAGCUCCUGAGCAAGAAGCUGGGCAAGGAAGCCCAUUUAAGUUCCCAAAGUUAGGCAUUGUACAAACAAAAGCAAAAGGACCUGAAGUGGAUUUAAAAUCAUCAAUAAAAAAUGUCGACAGCAAAUGGCCAGAAAUAAAAGCAGAGGUCAAAAUCUCAGAAGAAGUCAAACAAUCUUCAUCUAGUUUGGGAAUCAAGUCUUCUGAGACUAAAGCAGAGUCAAAAGAUGCUGGAGGAUCCCCUUUAAAACAAAAAAUGUCACCACUGAAAAUGCCAAAAUUUAGCAGUGCUUCCUCUGAUGUUACCAUGGAAGCACCCAAAACAGGAAAAGCAAUUGACAUUCAUGGAUCUAAACUUAAGGAGGAUAUUUCUGCCACCGACAAAGAUUUGACUGUUAAUAUUAAAAUGGAUGAUUCCAAAGGUAUAAUAUCAGAAUCUGAAACACCCAAGACUGAGAUUGAUGUUGUGGGUCUUCCAUCACCAAGUAAAUUCAAACUACCAUCUUUUAAAAUGCCCAGGCUUAGCUUCUCAAAGUCUAAACCUGAAGAGGAACAGCUUCGUGCUGACAUAGAAGAUAAAGAAGCUCAACUGAAAAUGGAAGUUGAAACAAAAGGAGAAAGUAAAUCACCAAAAAUGAUUCUGACAUCAUUUGGUGAGAUCCUAAAGACUAUUGAUGUUGAAUUUGAUGUUCCAAAAGCAGACCAAGUUGAAGAAGGUCUUGUAGUCUCAAAAGAAGUUCAAGAAAUAGGCGAACAUGCUGGAAAGCAAUUAGAAGCAAAGGAAAAAGGAGCAAGUACAAUACAAGAUAUUUCCAAGACUCCCGAGAGGACAGGUUGGUUUAAAUUUCCUAAGUUUGGCCUGUCUUCCCCUUCAGAAGCCACCAGUGCUCCUGAGAAAAGUGAACAAAAGGAUGAAAAGAGCCCAGUAGGGGGAACAGGGGACGAGGAAAUUAGCCCCACCUUUUCUGUCCAAUCAUCGGAUGCCUUUGCUGAUAUAAGUUCUGCAGUCACAAGUGAGCAUGUUGGCCCAUCCAUAUCUUCCCCAACAAAGGUAACUGUCAAAUAUUCUGAUCCAAAUGUUGCUACUGGGCUUGAAGAGACACACAGUAACAUCUUUACUUCAGCCACGAGGACUGAACUGAUCUCAGUUCAGCCUAACUUACCGGAGAAAAUCACUAUUCUGUCCUCUGGAAUAUCAUCGUCAUCAGAAGACACGUGCAGAUUGGAAUCUGGAAAACUACACGUCAUUACAACAAAUAUACAAGCAACCCCAGAAGCACAGCAUGCCCAGUUACUAACUGAUAUUCAAGCUGAAUUAGCUGGAGGCCUUCCCUUAAAAUCAGAGGCUAAUGAAACUACAUCAUGGACUGUGGAAGACUCAGACAGCGCCAAAAGAGCGGUGUUUGAGAGGCACUUAAUGACGAAAACUUCAAGUGAAAGAGGUGAAAGCAGAGAAACAAUUGUUAUAACCAAACAAAUUACACAUGUAUUCGACUCUUCCGAGCCCAUCUCUGGUGACACAGCAUCAUCUAUACAGCGACUGAGAGACUCUGUGCACUCUGAGAAAAUGAGGUUCUUUGACGAUGCUGAGAAGUGAGGCAACUGGACAUAAUUCAUGUGUAAAGAUACUAUUCCUCUUUUUGCCUAGACCUGAAUGUCAGAGGAGACAAGCGAAUGAAAACAUGUUGGCAACUGGGAAAGGAAGUUAGCAUGUUUAACUUACCGAUCACAGAGAACAAUCUGUCAGUGUUCAGGCAUUACAACAUGAUGGUGAUGUGUUGUGCAAUGAUGCUGACCUACAAAAAAAAAAUGCAUUCCUGUAAUUCACGCUGACAGUCUGUUGAAGAUACUAACAAUGUGUAUAACUGUGUCCUUACUUCAAAUUACAGCAAGGCCUUACCAAAUAUCCUUGCUUAAGAUGCAGAAUGUUUGAUUUUUGCUUACCAAAAUCUCUAAAACUCAUUUUGCAGUUUUUCACUAUUGACUAAUUUACUUGUGUGUGUACUUUACAAAAUGAUAAUCACCAGUGCUGUCAACUAAAAUUUCUGACUGUUCGAGACUGAUGCAAAAAUCAAUUUAUUUUAUUGACAUUCCAAAUUGUGUUUACAGUAAUUUCACUAUAAGGCUUACAGUAUAUACAAACUACAAUAGCAUAAUGCAGUUAAGAUAGAACAAUGAAUAUGUAUGUAUAGCACCAAGAUACUGUUGUCGCUGUAGCUAAAAUGUAAAGAGACAAUAGCAAUCCAAAGCUGAAAUGAAAAGCGUAUGAUCAAACACAGCAAAUGUACUGCUAAAAUUAUAUUUUUUAUUAAUACUUUGCUACUUUGAACCUAAUUUGCCACACUAGAAAUCUGUCUGGACUCUGUUUUCUUUCCAUAUCUCUGUACAAAGUGGGGCUAUUGAACCGGCUAUAUAAAUAGCUUUUAAUGACCUUUGGAAUUUUAUUGGAUUACUGCUCCUGUUUGUAUUCUGAUAGGCUUUAACUUAACUUGUUUGCAAAGUUAUAGACAAUAAAUGCUAUUAUAUCCAAAA